UGGUCACUCACUUUUUCAUUUCGUAAAAAUCAGCAAUCGAAUUAGUGCUUAAUUAUUUGCAUUAUUUUUAACCAAACGCAGAGCUUUCCGAAAGCUGCGCUACCGUGCUACCAAUAUCGGUGGGGGUUAAAAACGCUUUAGCACCAGAAAUCGAAAAGAAAAGCGGAUUCGAUUUCACAAGAGCCGCGCUGCGAACUGUGGGCGGAGUGGAGUGUCUGCCAGAGCGGAGAAAAGUGACUUCAUUGCCAAUAAACAUGAAAUUUGCUGCAACGACGACCAGAGUACGACAUUUUUGUAUUAUCAUCGCCAAGCAAAAGCAGCCGCAGCAGCAGAAUCAGAAUCAGCAGACUAUAUAUAAGAUACGCCCGCAACAAUCGCGAUCGGAGUUGAACAAUUGCAAACGGCAAAGACAGUCGUGUAGAAUUGCCAAAAAUUGGAAACACCAACGUUGCAUAGGUGCGUCUUGAUCGGUAACGUUUCGCAUUAAAUAACCGAAAGUAUAAGAAAUAAUAUCCAAUUAAAACUCAAGAAGCCAAUUUUCUAACCUAAAGAGAAAUUCAAAAUCAAUAAAUCGGAGCGUAAAAAACACGUGCGUUUCAGUUGCCGCCAAAGCGACGGGAGUGUAGACAUUUUCGUGGAGACUGCCAUCUUUGGAGGACCAAAGCCAACAAAUAAAAAAAGGACACUCGCCUACAAAACAUCUGUUCGGUUUUUUUUUGGUGUUUCGUUCUUUGUGUUUUCGGAGCAGCAGGCCAAACAAUAGAAACCAAAACGUCGUCGUCGAGUUCAAACAAAAUACGUGAAAAACGCAAAAACAACAGCAACAUGCCGCGACGCAACAAGAAAUCAGCAGCAGGCAAAGGCCGCACCAAUGACUCCAAUUCCGAGGACGAGUCCUUUGACAAUGUGAGUGUCUACUCUCAUGUCUCCGAGGUCGCCUCCUCGGAUGCCACCGACGAGUUGGCCAACGAGCGGUUCGAGGAGAAGUUCGAAAAGGCCCUGGAACAGGCCACCGAGAAGUCGGCCCAGACCCGUGUGCAGGCCCUUCAGGCGAUUUGUGAGCUUCUCAUGCACCGCUACAUGCCGGACUUCGUCGAGGACCGCAAGAUGACCCUCAUGGACUUUGUGGAGAAGAGCAUCCGUCGCGGCAAAGGUCAGGAGCAGGUGUGGGGCGCUCGACUUGCCCCCCUCCUGGUGCUCCAAAUGGGCGGCGACGAGGGCAUCUCCAAGGCGAUGAAUCAGUUCCUUUUGAAUACCGUUCAGGACAAAUCCGUGGGCUUUGAUGCUCGGGCCAAGUGCUGUACAGCUUUGGGAUUAUUGAGCUUCCUGGGCUGCGAGGAUGUGGGAGAGUUGGUCCAGCUGAUGCAGUGCUUCGAGGCCAUCUUCGCCGGAAGCUAUCUGCGUGGCGAUGACAAGACACCGGUUUCGGUCACCGCCGAGGCUGGCACUCUUCAUGCGGAGGCCUUGAACGCCUGGGGAUUGCUACUCACACUUAUACCCUCUGGAGAUUUCGUUUCUUUGAUGACCACUGGCCAAAACAUGUUUCCAUCUAUUAAGAAGUUUUUGGGCCUCUUGCAAUCCACACAUUUGGAUGUCCGCAUGGCCGCUGGCGAGACCAUUGCUUUGAUUUUGGAGUCAGGCCGUUCCCAUGACGAGGAUUUCCUGGAAGAUGACAUUGCUGAACUAUCCGAGGCCGUAAAGCAGUUGGCCACAGAUUCGCAUAAAUAUCGUGCCAAGCGCGAUCGCAAAGCCCAGCGCGCCACCUUCCGGGAUGUGCUGCGUUACCUAGAGGAGGACAUUUCCCCGGAGAUUAGCAUUCGCUUUGGUCAUGAAUCGCUGACACUGGACUCCUGGUCCAUACACCAUCAGUACUCGGCCAUGUGCACGGUCAUGGGUCCUGGGAUGACCUCGCAGCUGCAGGAGAACGAGUUCAUUCGCGACAUUUUCCAGCUGGGAGCGCGACCCACAAACACCGGCAUCAAUGGCAACGCCAAGGUCAAGCAGUCCAAAUUGGAGCGGCACCUUGUAAAUGCUGCUGCAUUCAAGGCACGCUCCAUCACACGUGGAAAGAAUCGUGACAAGCGUUCGGCCGUCGUUACUUAAAUCUAUACUCCAAACAACCGUUCCCGUUCCCAUCCACUGACCCAAAAAAAAAAAGAAAACCAUCUCAAAACCCCAUAGCCAACUCUGGACUUACUAGUUGAAUUGUUUCUAAUUUUAGCUUAUACCAGGCAAAGCGUCGCCAAAGCUGAAAAACUAAGUCUAAAUUUAGGAUAAUUCAGGAUAAUCAAACAAAAUUGGUCUAGUUUAUUAACCAUGCGAUGGAGCCAUUGUUUAAAUAUUAUUAAAUAUUUAUUGCUUGCACAGUGCAUUGAUUAUGUUUUACUACUGUAAUGCAGGCUCUGCAGCUUGGAUCUUAUACUUUGUGAAUUUAAAUUUACACUGCGAUUGUUACGACUAGCUUGUACGCUUUUCGAUUCGGGUUAACCUCUUAUGUUGUUGAUCUUAUUUUACAUUAUGUAUACAAAAAAAAAACAUAUUUCCGCUUUAAUGUUGCUAAAAUAGUUUAAUGCAAAAUUUGAAAAGUUAGUCAAGGCUUGACAUGGCUUUUAUGUAUGCAUAUUAAGUAAGCUAUAUAAUACAUAUAUUUUGUAGUAAAUACGUGUAAAAUAAACUUUAGGCUUAAACGAAAACUAA